AUGGCACCUGCGAUUCGCGAGGUUACCCAGACCCUGAUCGAGGCCGACACCACAUUUGUGUCAGUCAUUACCCUGGAGAAUACCAGCCCGUGGCCAACGUUGAACUUGGUUACAUGGACAGCGACAACUCCAUUCACGACUGUCAUCCACGUGGUCAGCAUAGCUGAAACUCCGACACCUGAGCAAACCCAUUCAGGCACAAGCAGCGGACUAUCAGAUGGAAACAAAGGCGCAAUAGCGGGGUGUAUCCUCGGUGCUGUGGUCUUUCUACUGCUCUUAUACUAUCUUUAUCUAUGUCGUUUGCAGUCGCGGGCGUUGACUCGACGGUCGCGCAAAGUUCCAGUUGAUUCGAAAGAUCCCACACCGCCUCCUGAUCCUGAUCCUGAUCCUGAUCCUCAUCCUGCUGAUGAGAAACCGGCGAGGGAAAAGAAGACUGUUACCAUCUCGUCCGAUCUUCCGCGGUAUUUUCGUCGAUACUCGCGUUCGAAGGAUGACAAGUCGUACAUCUCUCCACUUGUGAGGAUAUCGACGGAAAUGAACUUGAGGACUAAGCUCCAGACAAGAGAAGGGAGAUUAGGACAACCGGUGCGCUUCAUGAUUCGAUCGCGGGAGAAACAAAAACCAAGGAAGAAGCGUCGGAGAUCUCACAGGCGUCGAAGCAAACGCAAGUCUUCGAAGACCGAUAUGAAUUGA